AAAAGCUACUCCCAACGACACCCGGACGCUUUUGUCUUCAUUCUACAUGGUAAAAUAAAUUUUAUUCGAUAGCCGUUCAUGUACAUGAAAAUCCAUGUGCUUCAACCAAUUAGAUCACCUACCGCUUUUUGUAAUCGUCUAUUUCUAUGUCUCCAUUCCAUUGAAGCAAUUCAACCCGCAACCCUGCCACCCGCCUUCUUUUCAACCCAAAAUCCGCCGUCCCUAAAAACGAUGGCUUCAUCCAUACCUGCGCUCUGCGAAGAAGUCAAAGGUCUUCUUCCCAGCGACCUAAGAGAGGAUAGAUGGUAUCUACUCACGGUCUCUGCUCUAGUAGCUUCUGGCAAGCCGACCGAAGUAGGAAAGGUAUACGAGUACUUAGUAGACACGGAAUAUCCCAACCUUACUCUGGAGCAAGAGCGCAGAAUAGCUUCCCGGUUCAGUGACCUUCUCAUGAAGGAAUGGACGCUUGUCGGUAUCCCGAGUGUGUUGAUGGCUAUAUCAUCGCUCGCAAGGGUGGAGAAAUUCUUAUCAGCUACGAAUACGGGGCUGGGGGAGAAGAGGAUAAACAUUGACCUAGAGAAGGACAUCACGGAACGCGGUACAAAAUUUAUUCAGCUCCUCUACAAGCAGAACCUCGAGCCUAUAUUCGACACGUGGGGGUCAUACAAGGAAGAAUUCGCCUGGCUGGAGAAGAGUGUGAUCUAUGGGCUCUUUCUGGCUGACCAGACGGUACUAUCUCAAGUGGAAACGCUGCUAGUUACGCUACCCUCGAUAAUGUGCCAGGGCUGGCCAGGUCCGGCACUGUGGCAUCUCCGUGGCCUAAGGAGGCUUGGCCAAAGCGUGGAGGACGUUGAAAAAGUGCAACAAGCGGUAGAGGCUGUUGCCGUUUGGUCUGGGAAGUCAAUCGAGGGCUGGCCAAGGGUCACAGAUGUUAAGGAUGAGAUAUAGGAUUAUCCUUUCUUCUUUGGACACUUGAUUCUUCUCUCUGGACGCAACCGGAAUCAUGCGCGAUUUCAGUUAUAUAUAUAUACAGAUUUGGGGUGGAGCAUCGGUUCACGAUGCUGAUAUCUCAGUUAUAAAUACACGGUCGGAAAUGCGGCUCGCUUGUGUAUAGGAGCGUGGGUUUCCGCCGCCGUCAUCACUCCCAUGCUUAGAUGACGUGGUCUGCUUUCUGCUUUUGCUGUAAUGCUUAAACUAGCGGUUUAUACUGUGAAAAGAGUAAACAUGUUUAGUUUAGCCAACCCAUACAUUUCGAAUUGAUCCUUGUCCGGAAAGGACACAGUUUUCCGGCCUCCACGUAGUGACAAGGCCUCAUUCGGCCUGAUAAGAGGCGUGGUUUCUAACGCCCGUGUUAACGCCAUUGUAUUCCAAAUAUUUUCGUCGCAGUUUUCUUCGCGGAAUUUUUAGUUGCCUCAGCGUUCUCGAGGUAAUAUCGUUGAUGGCCUUUACUUAGUUAGGGAAAUUGUUCCAUUUUUGGUCGAGUAAUGAUUCUGGCAUACCUUUAACAUCCAGGGCCAGGAUAUUGUAUUCAAAUUCGUUUGUUUGAGGGUUCUUUAUCAGAUGUACGCUCACAACCCCGUCGUUGCGUGGACCACUGACCUAGAAGUAGAAAAAGAAUGGUUAGAACAUGCGAUCUUGCCAAGGGAAGGAAUAACCUAAUUCUCACAUUGAAGUUCAUUCUCAUGUGCUCCCGGCCAAUUCGGUCCUUUUCCACGGUGGUUCUAUAAUGACGGUUUAGUCACCUAAUAGCAAAGUGUUUCCAGUUCGAGCUCACUCACGCUAUAGGCCUAUUUCUA